UCCAGUAGAAUUGGUGUAACCGGACUAGACAACAAUAUUUCAGUUAGUUGAUGUCUAGCAAUCUUGGUAGCGAGUGUCGCUUUCAGUUCGAGUUCGAAACAGUAUCGGGGAAUCGCUUUUAGGCGGGCUAACUUGAUCCAAUUUAAAUCCGAAGUCGCGGGGUAUCAACCAGAUAUUUGCAAAAAGCAGGUUCCUCGAUCAGCACUCAGCGAACGGCUUUACGGAAGGGCCGAGGUGUUCAGUGUGUACAUAGAGCGCGUCAUAAAGCUCGGUAUCUUCGAAUUGUACGGCAGAAUUACAUCGUAACGAAAGGAAAAUUUUUCUGCGGCUCCGGCAUUUAGGUGUGGUUUGUUUGCGUGAUUUGAAAACGAAAGGGGCAUCAUCGGUAAAUCGUCAAAAUUGGGCUCUUUUCGAGGAACUCAUUUGAAUUAAGGGAGUACAAGGAAGACAGAAUGGGGUUCGGAGGGAGAAUGGACUGUUGCGGGCAGUUCGUAAAAUACAGCCUUUUUAUUGCGAAUUUUAUAAUGUUCAUCGGUGGAGCAUGUGUGUUUGGUCUCGGUGUUUGGACCAUAGUAGACAGAAGUUUCGUCAACGAACUACUCGGAACAAACUUAUUUUCUGGCGCUGUAUACGUACUCACCAUAACAUCUGCCCUUGUCUGCAUACUUUCCUUCCUAGGGUGCAUGGGAGCCGUUAAGGAAGUGAAAUGCUUAUUGUUAACGUAUUUCAUCAUAGUUUUCCUGCUAUUUGUGACGAUGCUUAUAGGAGGAAUUCUUGGAUACGUGUUUAGACAACAAAUUUUACAAACCAUGAGACAGGAGAUGUACUCUUCAUUGAAAUUCUACGGUAACCGACGCGAAAUCACGCAAGCUUGGGAUCUCACCCAAGAGCGUCUAAAAUGCUGUGGUAUUGACUCGUGGCAUGAUUGGCAAUUGACUGGUCGCAUUCCAGAGUCUUGCUGUCGCGAGACCUACGGCGGUCAAAGACAACCUUGUUCAGAAUCACCCUCACCUCUAAGUCUGUAUUCAAAGGGAUGUUUGAACACGACAACAUACUUCAUUCAGGAUCAUGCAGCGAUAAUCGGCGCAUCUGGAAUAGCUGUAGCGAUUUUAAUGAUAUUUGGCAUGAUAUUCUCCUGUUCGCUGUUUAAUAUGAUCGAAUGAAACAGUCCCAACUAACGAUCCCUACUGCAACUUUAUUGUCAAGAAAGUUAUAAAAUUGUCACUUUCGAAGUUACCCAUUCAAGUCAGCAACGAAUUGUUUUUAAAAGUAAAAGUAAUGGUGUUUGAAGCAAACCAUGAUUAUACACGUAAAAUAAAAUGAUUCUUUCCUCUUGUUACCAGUG